AUGGAGAUCGGCCUAAUGCAACUUGUCUCAGGUGCUGCUGCCCACCCUGGCAUCAUCCAGCUGCUUGACUGGUGCAUUGGGACAUCCAAGAUAGCAUUAGUCAUGGAGUUGCUGGAUCCAUCCAUGAAUCUCACAGAGUUCAUAAUGAACCAGGGUGGAUUCCUAGCAGAGGAGAAGGCCAAGUCGAUUUUUUCCCAAGUGGUGGAGGCUGUCCAACACUGUCACUACUGCUGGGUAUUCCAUGGAGAUCUGAAGCCCGACAACAUCCUUAUUCAAACCAACACAGAGAAAAUCAAGUUGAUUGACUUCGGGUGCGGCACUGUGCUACAGGAGAAUGAGGACUACACUCAUUUUCCUGGGUCCCUAUUGUACGCCCCACCUGAGUGGUUCAUGCUGAACCGUUACAGGGCUGUUCCAGCAACAGUG